UUUUCAAGAUGGCCAUUCUCACAAUUCUUAGAAUUCUUUUUUGGGGAAUGGUAUUUUUUAUGGAAUACAGGGUCCAAAUAGCAAAGGCAGGGUGGCCCUCCAUAACCCUCCUGGCUGACGACCUCUCGUUGCCCUUGAAUCUGGAUCUGGCAAAAGAAGCCCCUGGCAAGGAGAUGAAGCCACGGCCCCAAGGAUAUCCCUUGAGGUAUAUGCUGAAGUUAUACCAGCGUUCAGCUGACCUGCAUGGGCGUCCUAGGGAGAACCGCACAAUUGGAGCUAAAAUGGUAAGGCUGGUAAAGCCCUCAGCCAAUGCAGUAAGGCCUCUAAGAGGUCCCUGGCAUGUACAGACCCUGGACUUUCCUCUGGCAUCAAACCAGGUAGCAUAUGAACUAAUCCGAGCCACUGUGGUUUACCGCCAUCAGCUUCAUCUAGUUCAUUAUCAUCUCUCCUGCCAUGUGGAGCCGUGGAUCCCCAAAUGCCUGACCAAGUCCUUUCCUUCUGAAAUGGGUUCCUUCAAGCCGCCUCCCAUGUCUAAAGCCUGGACAGAGAUGGAUAUUACACACUGUGUUCAGCAGAGACUCUGGAAUCGCAAGGGACGGAGAGUCCUUCGCCUCCACUUCAUGUGUGAGCAGCAAAAAGGCAGCGAGGUUCUUGAGUUCCAGUGGCAUGGCAUGGCAUCCUUGGAUGUCGCCUUCUUGCUACUCUAUUUCAAUGACACCAACAAGAGCAUUCAGGCUAAACUCGCACAAGGCCAAGAGGAGUUAACUGAUAGGGAAUCUUCUCUCUUGCGGAGUGCCCGGCAAGCCUGCAGCAUUGCAUCUGAUGUCGCUUGUCAUACUCAGGAACAUGACGGGUCUGUAAAUAACCAAUGUUCCCUCCACCCUUACAAAGUCAGCUUCCAUCAACUAGGCUGGGAUCACUGGAUCAUUGCUCCCCGUCUGUACACUCCAAAUUACUGUAAAGGAAUCUGCAGUCAUGUGCUACCCUAUGGUCUUAAUUCACCCAACCAUGCCAUCAUUCAGAGCCUUGUGAAUGAACUGGUGAAUCACAGUGUACCUCAGCCUUCCUGUGUCCCUUAUAAGUUUCUUCCCAUGAGUAUCCUUCUGGUUGAGGCAAAUGGGAGUAUCUUGUACAAGGAAUAUGAGGGUAUGAUUGCCCAGUCCUGUACAUGUAGAUAACUGUGAAGUUGCAGCUCUCAGCUUUCCUAAAAAACUAGAGAAGAUAAAGUAUUAUCGGUGAUAAAGCUGACCCUGA